UUCAACAUACACAGUCGAACAUGGAGGUCUCAUGUAGCCAACCAACAAAUCUACACACCAUAUCCCCCUCGCACGAAAGCGAUCACCCGCGCAGUCGAACACAGAACUCAACCCCCACCACCGCCCAACCCCCAUUCUCCCUCCUCCUCUCCCUCCCCCCCGAACUCCGCAACAAAAUUUACACCCACAUCCUCUCUACAGUCGAAUUCCGCAUCACCAUCGAGUCCCGCACAGGCACCCCAAUCCUCCGCAUCGGCCGCCCAACACCUAAAAAAUGGCGCUCCGUAACCCGCCUCUCAGCCUUUACCCUCACGUGCCGGCAAAUCUACUCCGAAACGCGAUUUCUCCCAUUCGCGGCAACGACGUGGGUCACGCCUCGGCACUCGAUCUUUGAGUAUAAAGACGGUGUAGGCGUGCAGAUGGGAGCGAAAGCGUUCUGGAGUGUGCUUAGAGGAUUCGAUAAAACGCAGGUCAGCAAGAUCGAGAGAGUGAGGGUGAGGGUGUUGUUUUAUGAUUAUAGCGAUGAGUGUAUGGAUGGGUUUUUGAGGAACGAGGAGGUUUAUGAUGUUGUGUUGAAGAAGCUUGUUGAUGAAAGUGAAGAGGGGGGUGUUCCUAGGGAGAUGGUGGAGAGGUUUAGAGAGUUUGUGCCGGUGUUGAGCGGGGUAAGGAGUGUGAGGUUUGUGUUUACGGGUAUUGCUGGGGAGCGGGUGGAGAGGUUGUGGGGGACUGUUGUUAUGGGGUUUUUGGGGGUUGCUGGGGUUUUGAGGGAAAAGGGUGGUGGUGGUGGUGGUGGGAGAUAUGGGUUUGGGAUGGCGAAGCAGGUAUGCGGUGACACUUGGGAUUUGUCCCUAUGA